AUGAGCAUGGACAAAUAUCGAGGUGAAACUUCUCGUCAAUCUCCUGAUUAUGACGAUAUUUCUUUGGCUCAAAUAAAUGAUAGUCUUGCCAGCUUGGAUGAAAUAGAAAAUGAUGUUGGGUAUGCGACUCAGGAUGACAAAGUAAAACUUGAAAGUUUAUAUAGGAGUGCUAUUAAACAGGCCAGCCGUGAAGAAGAAAUGGAUAAAAAGAUCUCAAAAGAUAUCGAAAAGUAUCUGGAGUCCACAAAAGAUUCCCGAACACCAUCGGGUAUUGUCUUUGUUAUUGAGCGUCAAUUUAUUAUGUUAUGUAAGAUUAUGAUUUUCAAUACCUGUGUUAACUUUAGUUUAAUGUUAGAUUUAAAUACAGAAGAAAAUAUCUAUAAAAAAAGAAAGAGCCAAGAAGCCACUUCAGGUAGCAAUAAGGCAAAAAAAUCAAAAGUAUCGCAAAUGAAAGGUAGCGUUAUUAUUAAAAGUGGAACUUCAGUCGCGGCAAAACAACCUAGGGACAAAGACAUAGAAGAAAAUUGGAUUCUGGCCACAAUUGUAGAAUAUCGAACUGAUUUAAAGAGUUACGAAGUUGAGGAUGCGGAUAAAGAUGAGGCAUCAAAUAGGCCUGGCGAACGAUUUUUAGUACCAGCGAAAAAUGUUAUAGCAAUUCCAAAUCCCGGAGAAAUGCGAUCACCUGAAUUUCCGAUAGAUUCAACAGUCAUAGCAUUAUAUCCUUCUACAACGUGUUUUUAUAAAGCUGUUGUAGUUAUUCCACCAAGUAAAUUAACACCAAAAUCAUCACGAUAUUUACUUACUUUUGAAGAUGAUGAAAACGCUCAGAGAUACGUUGACGCACAUUAUGUGUUGGAUAUCCCUAAGGAGAGGUAG